AUGUCUGCAGCGCAGCCGGAGAACAUGACUUCCCGACAAGCUGCUAACGCCGAGAUCGAUCCGCCCGGGCGAUCAACCGACGACGAAAGAAGCGAUGCAGGCAUUUCCGACCAGGAACAAUCGGAUGAUGUCAGUACCUAUGCGCCAAUCAAUGCCGUGACCUCUGCAAGUGAUGCGCGGAUGCAGAGACUUCAUUCAACUUCAUCCCGGCCUGUUGAGCGCAGCUGGUCUCUCAAUGACGGUUAUAGCUGUCAUACUGCCGACGAAGAGGCAGGGCAGAAGGUUCCGGACGAAGUGCAGGGUGAAAAUGCUGAUGAGUCCUCGGCUUUUGUUGUUGGAUGGGACGAUAACGAUCCCGUGAACCCUCGCAAUUUUAGCACCUUUCGACGGUGGAUAAUCGUCAUCAUUUGCUCGCUGGGUUCAUUAUGCGUAACCUGCACUUCCUCGAUGUAUACUGUCACCUAUGACCAAAUAACGGAAGAAUUCAAUUGUUCUCGGUUGGUCGCGACGUUAGGACUAUCAUUCUUCAUAUUUGGCUUGGCGGUUGGCCCCCUGUUCCUUGGGCCCUUGUCAGAGUUUUACGGCAGAAGAUAUAUCUAUAUUAUAUCAUUUACUUUCUUCCUGAUUUGGCUGAUUCCAUGUGCCGUGGCUCAAAACAUCGAGACGAUGAUUGUAUGUCGGUUCUUCAACGGCAUUGCAGGAAGCGCAUUCCUUAGUGUCGCCGGCGGUACAGUGGGCGAUCUCUUCGCCCGUCACGAGCUUAGUGCACCGAUGAUGCUAUAUACGGCCUCGCCUUUCGUUGGCCCCGAGGUUGGACCAUUGGUGGGUGGAUUUAUAAACCAAUAUACCACGUGGCGCUGGACAUUUUACGUGCUUCUCAUUUGGACAGGUAUAUUACUCAUCUCAAUCAUUGUUCUUGUCCCCGAAACCUACCAUCCUGUACUUUUGAGACGCAAGGCGCGCCAAAUACGCAAGGAAACGGAAGACGACCGCUGGAAGGCUCCAAUCGAAAGGCUUAAUCGCUCAGUGCCCCAGACGGUUCUGCGGUCCACCUAUCGGCCCAUGCUACUUCUUACAUUAGAGCCCAUGUGCUUGAAUCUUUGUAUAUUUUCCGCCAUCCUUUUGGGCAUACUAUAUCUCUUUUUCGGCGCCUUUCAGUUGGUAUUUGGAAACGUGUACGGCUUUGUAUUAUGGCAGCGUGGCCUCUGUUUUCUUGGUCUAUUUGUGGGAAUGCUCUUUGCUAUCUUGUCCGACCCGUUUUGGCGGCGUAUUUAUCAGCGCCUGGAGAAGAAGCAUGAGAGGGCGGUUGGAAAGGCCGAUGACUUUCAGCCAGAGUGGCGGCUUCCCCCAGGUGCGUUUGUUGAUCUGUCAUUGGCAUUGGCGCCUAGAGAACGAUGA